GUUAACUGCCUUUAAUUCGUCCGGCUGGCAGACACGGCCCUGUACAGACACGUGGUCACACAGACACAGUGACUAGCCAACCCACACAUUUACGCACACGCUAAUACAGAAUGUAGUCUCCGCAACACAUAGACAAGUACAUAUGCAAUCACCAGUGCACACACUGGUUAGCAAACCAAAAUGCAGAACCAUAUGGAUGUAUAUACACACACACACACACACACACACACACACACAAACACACACACACCCUGGAACUGUCCCAGGGCAACAGAUUAUAGUGGCAAGGGGAGUGACUAUUUUCAUCUUGCAGCCUAAAUGCCCUCAUUUUUGCCCACAAAAAUUCUGUUAUGCCUUUUGUUUAGAGGGCAUAUAUCAUAGAUAGUGACUGCUCAUGUGACAGGCCACUACACCUGGGGCUCUUUGGGGAAUGUCCUGCUGGAAAACUGACCUCUUGGAUGAUUGAGCAGAGAUGAGUGACAGGGAGGCGCCCCAUGCCCAUAUCCCUCUGACAUCACAUGGCCAUCAGACAGCCCUCCACCAAGCAGCCAUGGUGGGGAACAGUGAUGUCAUAGAUGGCCUGAUCAAGGGGGGCUGCGCUUUAGACCUGCAGAACAAGGACGGCAACACGGCCCUCCACGAGGUCUCUUGGCAUGGCUUCUGUCAGUCGGUCAAACUGUUGGUCGAGGCCGGGGCUGACGUUCACGCCAGGAACAAGGCAGGGAACACAGCUCUCCACCUGGCCUGUCAGAACGCUCACCCUCACAGUGCCCGCGUGCUGCUGCUGGGAGGAUCCAGCCCAGACGUUAAGAACAACGCCGGGGACACCUGUCUGCAUGUGGCAGCCCGGUACAACCACCUGGACCUAAUCAAGAUUCUGGUGGGCGCAUUAUGCUCCGUUAGCGAGAAAAACCAGCGAGGUGACACUGCUCUCCAUGUAGCUGCUUCCCUGAACCAUAAGAAGACUGUUCAGCUCCUCCUGGAAGCCGGAACUGAUGGAAAUGCACGCAACAGCGAAGGGAAGACUGCUCUGGACAAGGCCAGGGACUACAACUACAAGGACGUGUCCCUCCUGCUGGCCAAAGCUCCACAGGUCCACCGAUUUAUCAGAGGAAGGACGGUGAAGAAGAGGAGGGACCGGCUCAAGACAGAACGCAGAACCCAGUCAGUCACCAGAGAAGAGGUUCUGCCCAGCAAGGUAGCCUCUUGCUGGGACAGUGGGUCCAUGGCUGAGGCGUCCCAAAGUGGGGAGGGUGUGUCCAGUAGAACAAGCGUGAACAGGGCAGAGUUAGAUUACCAUCACCACCAUCUUCACUACAGUAAAACAUCCCCAACCAACACCUGCCCCAGGAGGAGACAGACCCCCCUCAACCAGGCCAUGGAAGAGAAUCAUUUUAGAAGAGGGAAUGGUCACCCCGACCUCCACACCAAUAGCAAUUGGUAUCUGUACGAUGAUGGAGUCCCGCCUCCUCAACACGUCAAAACCUAUCAGCUGUACACACUGUACCGUGACAAGGAGGGCACCGUCAAACAGGCCCCAGCCAAUGGCUGCCGGUGUAAACCUAUGAUCAAGAGGCUGGAGGGAGAGCUGAUGAUCACCAGAGAGGAGAUGAGGACACAGAUGCAGAUGGUCCAGGUUCAAGUCAACGCUAGGCUGGGUAGGAUGGACCGCAGGAGCAAACAACAGCAGGCAGCGGUGACCCAGGAGCUGAAGAGGUGGUGCAUGACUCAGUUCCAUGAUGCAGACCACCACCUCCCUGACGACCACCAGCACUACACACUGCUACCCACCCCGCCUGCAGAACAGCAUGCGGGGGUCAGUGAGUGCCUCCCGCUGCUCCUCUCAGGGGACAGCAGCAGCUCUCUGACUAACUAUGUCCAAAUGUCACCAUGCCCCUCAUCCUCCACCACCCACAAUGCACCACACAGCUUGGAGCAGGGUCAGGGGUCGGGCAGGAGAUACUUUGAGCUGAAGCUGGACAAAUCACCAGUUCCGCUCUUCACAGUUGACUACCAGAACACAAGUGUUUUCCCCCUGCCAGCUCACCGCCACGACCCAGGACACCUCCUGAGCUCUAGUGCCACCCGGUGGCAACAUCCAGAACUGCAUCACUAUCAAAUGGCAGCUGCCCUCCUGAGGCCUGAUAAGGACAGCUGCUCCCGCAGUGUCAGCAGCAGCCAGUCACCCAACAGUGACUGGGAUCAGGGCCUGGGCAAUAGCCACCGGAGCCAUGGGUGGCACCACAGGAAGCAUCUUCGGGACCGGGUAAGAUCGCGCGGCCUGAUGGGUCGACCCAACGACGGGACCAGGAGCGCAGAAUUCUUUGUAGGCAUGCCGCCUAAGCCCACGUUCAGCCAGGAGAAGGACAACCUACAAGCCACAGAGGUGACCCAGCAGUUCUUUGAGACGGUGUCCACUCAGCUGGAGCGCUGGUACGAGAGGAGGAUCCAGGAUUCCAGGCGGAAGGCAGAGCUCAGGGCACAGCAGGAGAGGGACCAACUCCUGCAGCGAAUCAGCAGCCUGGAGGAGGAGCUGGAACAGCUCCAGAUGACCAAUAAGAGCCAUGGAACCAAUGUGAGCAAAGCCAGUUGAUGUCAACCUUGAGAGUUUGAGAAGCCGACCAUUACAAUGUCAAACUGACUUUUUUUCUUAAACGGAGAGUUUGGAACUUAAGCAAUGAGGCCAUUUAUCUAUUUUGCAAGAGAUGGAUUACUGCUUAAAAACUAAUUAAUGUAACAGCAUCUACUAUUUAGCAAGCCAGUGCUAAUAAUGACUAGGUUCCUACAGUAGCACUUAGCAUUCAACUUUCUUAAAAUUACAUAUGAACAGAUAACAAUGAUACAGUUCAUCUGACUCAGGGCAUGUUCAUAAAAGGCCUCAAUGCCAAAAUUCUGAAAUGUCCCUAUAACCCUAACUUAAAUGUAACCAGUUUGGAAAUGUAAUAUUGGUUUGCACAUUGCUACGUCCUCUUAGUUUUUCCUUCAGAGUUCCACAGUCAUUUGGAUUCACAUUUAUGAGUGCUGUCUUUUUUCUUCAUGGAUCCUUUUCUUAAAAAAAUCACAGCUGACCCUUAAUAAAACUCACACCAAACGUC